AUGCGUGGGGCUUCGCUGGCGUCGAGUUUGGCGUUGCCGCUCACGACCGCGUUUGGGGGCGCGCAAACGCUAUGGUGGCCGAGCCCCACCUCCUCGCCUCCACGGGUCGUUCUACUCUUUAUCCCGGGCAACCCGGGGUUGGCAUCGUACUACAUUGACUUUCUGCACGCGAUCUACACCUCCAAGCACCUAUCGGGGGUUGGGAUUGAGAUCGUUGCAGUUUCGCAUCGGGGGCAUGCCCCCCUGCCGCGCGUGGGCACAAAUGCGGUGUGGGGCGACAACGCUACGAAUGCAUCGCAAGCUGCCAGGGGGUGGGGAACAUCGCUUUCGGACCAGGUGCGACACAAGAUCGGCCUGCUCGAUGCUAUCAAACGUCAAUACCCCCAGGAGGGCACUAAAGUGGUGGUUGUUGGACACAGUAUUGGCGCAUGGAUGGCGGGAGAGGUGCUAAAGGCUCGACCUGAUGCGGUGGAUGGACUGCAUCUGCUAUUCCCAACGAUGGCAUGGAUUGGACGCACCCCCAAUGCGCGUCGGAUCAAGAUUCUUGCCAACCGUGCCGUCACGGCAGCUGUACUCCCGGUGCCACUCGUCGUGCUAUCGCUAUUGCCGCUAUGGGCGCUGGUGUGGGUGAUUCGGCUGCUGACGCGACAACCGACCGCUGCAGCCCUUGCAACUGCCGAGUUACUCACGACCCCCGGGGCGGUGUACAACGCCCUCACCAUGGCAGGUCAAGAAUUCACCACAGUGCAGGCGCUUGAAAAGCCGACAGUGGAUGCGCUCCACGCCUUUACCACUGAGCGCGGAGGCAGGAUUCGAAGCUACUGGGCUGCAGACGAGACCGAUGCCUGGGCUCCAGGUUGGAUCCGCUCCCAGGUCGAAUCCACCCUCUCCCUCCAGCGUGUCCACCUCCCGCCCUCGCUCGGACUCAGCGGUGCUAGUAGGAAGAGCGAGGGACCGCGCAGAGGCUCACACGUUCGAACACGAAGCUUCUCCGUGUCAGAAUACCGGAGUUCGCCCGGCUCGAUUCCUGACCUUCGCCACGCCAAGGCAAUGCGCCGUCCUAAUGGCGAGAUCGUCAUCGAGGCCCAGGUGGUCGAACCCAGCAGCGAAAGCGAAAGCGACGAACCCACGAGGGGGUGGGCAUGCCACAUGCUUUUUGUCUCGACCAUUCCGAGGAUAUGGCGAGCAUUGUGGCGCAUUGGAUCGCGCACGACCAUCUUGCCAGCUCCAGCUAGCAGCAGCAAUACCAAGGCGAGGACUAGAACCGGCGCGUAUGAGGUGUGGGUGCAGGUCGGGCGUGAGGUGGAUCGGGUCCAGGCGCGUCUCUUUCGAGAGACUUUACGCGACUCUUCCGAAAAGAGCAGCAGCAGAGCAGCGCUCGGGGGCGCAAAAUUGGCGAAUGCGCGCAGUCUCUCAGCGCUCGGGUCGCAUCCGACGCGCAGCUUUUGGGGCAAGAGAACGUCUGUGCAGAAGCGCAUCCUUGCUUCUUCUCCUCCACCGCGCCCUACUCCCUUCCUGAUCCUCAUCACUCCGCUCUCACACACACACGCACACACACGCCAUCUUUGCAUCUGGGUUCCUGCUUCAAUGUCGUCGAUCGCCGGCCCAUCGGGGGCACACGAGGACGACGUGGUCAUGGUGGAUUCGGAGGGCAACACGCUCGCCACCUCGCCCGGUGCCGAGGAGGGUGGAUCCGACGCGCCCGAGGACGAGUACGAGAUCGAGUACAUCGUCAGCCACUCUACCGAAGAAACCGACGACCAGCUGUCGUACUUUGUCAAGUGGAAGGGCUACCCCGAGUCGGAAAACACGUGGGUGUUUGAAAGCGACAUGGGUGGUGCGCAGGAGAUGAUCUCCGAGUACUGGGCCAAGUUACCCCAGAAGCUCGUGCAGAAGGUCAAGGGCGGCAAGAAGAAGCGCCAGUCAUCGACGCCGCAGCCAUCGAAGCGCGCACGACGCGAGUCCUCGGUGCCCACCCGCCGCAACAAACGAACCAACGGCCAAGUUGCGCGUUCGGUUUCACCCGAUGACGAGGGAUUGGACGACGAAGAUGCGCAGCUCGAACGCAUCCGAUCGGAUCCAUCGUUGGCGGAUGAGGAACGUGCACUGCUGGAGACGCAACAUCUGCAUGCAAAGCGACUCGACCGUCUGCGUAAGCGCUAUGCGCGGAUCGCCGACUGGGAUCCCAUCGUACGCCGCAUCGAGGGCGUGGAAAAGAUGAGCGACAACAAGAUCCGCGUCUUUAUCCAUUUCGACAACGGCGACAAGCUGGCGUUUGAAAGCGCCGUCGCCCACCACCGAUGUCCGCUCAAGCUGUUGCAGUUCUACGAGGCCAAUUUGAGGUUCCGCGAGCGCGAUGCGACGCAGGAACCUCCGCUGGUGGGCGAGGAACCCACGGAGCAACUCGAUCAGUACCUCUCGCGCGACCAGGACGAGUCUCAACAGGACGGCCAGGACGGCCAGCAGCAGCAGGAGGAAGAGGAGGAGGUGGUGGCAGAAGCGGUUGCACAGCAAGAUGAAGAGGCAGAGGAGGUGGAGCAGGCACCACCGAGUGAAGAGCCGCAACACCUUGACUCGUCACAGACCCAAGAUCAGCCUGUAUCCUGA